AUGAAUAAACUGUUUAGGCGCCAUAAUCAAGAACCUAUAGAGAAACGGUCUGGUGCAUUUAUCAAAAGGCUAGAGGAAUCAAAGCGAUCGGUGGUGAUGGACCCACAGCGAGCAUCUGAUAUGGAAGCAUUGAUGGCUACACCAAAAGUGCAAGUGGAUGAUUUAUCAGAUAUCGAACUCAGUGCCUACCAAGCAUGGUGGAAGGACCUGGACCCCUUCUAUAUAGGCAAGGCAGAUAAUGAAGCAGUAUUUCACUUUGUGUCUGGAUGUGGUUUGCCAGAUCAUACAUUAGAGGAGAUUCUUGCAUUAUUUCAAGAUCAAAAAGAGGGCCUCACAAAAGAAGAAUUUUUCGCCAUUUUGCGGCUCAUAGCACAUGCUCAGAACGGACGCAUGGUCAGUAAAGACAUUGUCUAUCUGGGAGCACCGCUGCCAAGAUUUCAGACACAAGCCAUUGAUGCCAUUAUCAAACGAUCGCAGCAGCAGCAGCAGCAGCAGCAACCAGCAAGUGAUACUGACACAAGUCGUUCUUAUGACUCAACAGCAAGCCAUAACAACAUCAGCUCCUCUUCACCCAUGCCCAGCUGGAUGAUGCCAAUGAAUAAAGUAGCAGGAGCACAAUCCACCAUCAUACCGCACGCGAUACUCAGUAGAACCCCCACAAAAUCACCUUAUGAUACCCCAACGACUCAGGUCUCUCAUUCUCGAUCACGAUCCGUUCCCUACAAUUUCUUGUCACAAAUGGAGGACACUAGUGUCGACAUGAAGCAGAUUACGGAUGCGUCAUUUGAUCCAGCUGCAAAACCUGCACAUCAACGUCGCUCAACAAAUCACUCAAGCCAUGUUUCGAUGGAUGCCGACAGUUUACAAAAAAUAAUGGAUACGGGGCAAUCACUGCUGCUGACUCAGAGUUUUCGACCUGAUUUCAUAGAUGAUGACGAUGAUGACAGUAGGCAAGAAGAGGAUGAGGAUGAGCCUGGUGUCACUACUGCCAGUAGUGCAGAAAGCAGUAAUAACAAUAGUGCCAGCAGUAGUGGCAAAUUGAAAUCACUCACAUCCCGUAGCUAUAAUCCCUACUUGGCAGCAGCGCCAAGCACCACCACCACCACCACCACCACCAACCCGUUCGAGACAGAUGAUUCCUCAUCAACGACACCCACACAAACACCCACCAUGUUACCCUUUACGCCUACGACUACCCAACAAAACACACUUUACCAUCAAACAGCAAAUACAUGUAUGAAUUCUCGACAGAUCCCUCCUCCUCCUGUACCACCCCAAUCCACCAAACCUGCAUACCCAAAAUAUGCAAGAAGAACACUGUAUUAA